AUCGCCAAAACCUCUUCGUUCAUCAUUCUCACAUCAAUCCAUAUCAAUUCCUACAAGCAAUCUCCAUUCAGUUUCGCAUUACCUUCUCUUGACAGAAUUUAGUGGUGUUGGAACAGUAGUGCGCAUCGUUAUCAGCAAUGGCUGACGCUUCCAACGACGCCAAAGACAUUGAAAAGCUCUAUGUGUAUGGAGAACGACUCAGCGAGGCCAAAGACAAGUCUCAGAAUGUGGACGAUUACAAGAGUAUUAUUGAGGCAGCAAGAAGCUCAAGUGUAAAGGCGAGGCAAUUAGCUGCUCAACUGAUUCCUAGGUUCUUCAAGUUCUUCCCUGGUUUAUCGGGGACUGCAGUCGAUGCACAUCUGGAUUUAUGUGAAGCAGAAGAGCUUGGGAUACGGGUGCAAGCGAUCCGUGGACUUCCUCUUUUUUGCAAGGAUACACCAGAGCAUAUUUCGAAGAUUGUUGACAUACUUGCACAACUUCUCAUAGCUGAGGAAAACGUGGAACGUGAUGCAGUGCAUAAAGCUCUUAUGUCCUUAUUGAGACAGGAUGUGAAAGCAUCCUUGACGGCAUUAUUCAAGCACAUUGAGAGCGUUGAUGAACCAGUUACAGAUGAUAAUCUUCGUGAGAGGACCUUGAUCUUUAUCAGGGACAAGGUGUUUCCUCUGAAAUCUGAGCUCUUGAAGCCACAGGAGCAGAUGGAAAGGCAUAUAACUGAUCUAGUUAAAAAAAGUUUACAAGAUGUUACUGGAGCAGAGUUCAAGAUGUUCAUGGACUUUUUAAAAAGUUUGAGCAUAUUUGGAGAGAAAGCUCCUACCGAGUGUGUCCAAGAGCUUGUUGAAAUCAUUGAAGGACAAGCUGAUCUAGAUGCACAGUUCAGUGUUUCAGAUGGGGACCAUGUUGAUAGAUUAAUAUCAUGCCUAUAUAUGGCUCUUCCAUUCUUUGUAAGGGGUGCUUCAAGUAGCAAGUUUCUCAAUUAUUUAAACAAGCACAUUCUCCCUGUUUUCGAUAAGCUUCCUGAAGAACGGAAAGUAGACUUGCUCAAGAACCUUGCAGAGAGUUCACCUUACUCAGCACCUCAAGAUUCGAGGCAGAUCCUUCCCUCAAAUGUUCAGCUCUUGAAGAAGUAUAUGCCUCUAAGGAAAACCGGAGAAGAGAUGAACUUCACAUAUGUUGAGUGUUUGUUGUACACGUUCCACCAUUUAGCUAACAAGGCUCCAAAUGCCACUAAUAGCUUAUGCGGUUAUAAAAUAGUGACCGGGCAGCCAUCAGAUAGGCUUGGUGAGGACUUCACAGAGUUUUACAAGGAUUUCACGGAAAGGUUGACCUGUGUUGAAGACCUCACUAAAGCUACAAUGAAGAAAUUAACGCAAGGAAUGGGUCAGCAAAAUAAGACAACGGGUACCGCUAUAUCUAAUGAAGAAAAGGCUAGAAUUAAAAUCCAAAAGCAGAAUGCCACAACAGGAUUGCGCACCUGCAAUAACAUUUUGGCAAUGGCACAGCCGUUGCAUUCAAAAGCACCUUCAUUUAUCGGAGACAAAAGGAUUAACCUAUCCUGGAACGAAAACGUGAAAACUGUGGGGCCAGCAAACACAGCGGGAGGGAAACGACCUGGUAACGCCCUAAAUGGUUCUGGCAACCAAACAAACAAAAGGGGUCGUGGAGGUGGCAACCAGCUCGUUGAUAGGGCAUUCGAAGGUCUACCAUAUGGCGGCAGAGGUGGUUUGAGGGGAGGCCAGGGGCGGGGAUGGGGUAGACGUGGUCGUGGAAGAGGCUAUCGUUAACUUUUGCUUCCCAUCUUCGUUAACAUAAAUAACGACAAAACUGCAAUGGAGGUACGAGAUGGAAACACAAAUCUAACAAAAGAAAAACACGGGCUAAUCUCGAUCGACACUUUCAAACCUAGAUGAUUUAGGCGUUUUGCAUUUCAUGUUUUGAGAUUUUUUUUUUCUUUCUGUAUUUCCGUUAAUUACCUUCCAUCGGAGAUGAUUACGAGCUCUAUGGCCAGAGAGCCCGGAUGGUUUCUGUAUGUGGUUUUUGACGUAUUUUAAGAACCGGGUUUUGUAGUCUUCAAACGG